AUGUCGCUUUGCCAGAACAGACUUCAAGAGGAGCGCAAGCAGUGGCGCAAGGACCACCCUUUUGGUUUCUUCGCGAAGCCUCAGCGCAAUGCGGCGACUGGAACUCUCGACCUGAAGGUCUGGGAGUGCGGUAUUCCUGGCAAGGAGAAGACAAUCUGGGAGGGCGGCCUGUUCAAGUUGACAAUCACAUUCCCCGAAGGCAAAUUCGUCCCUCCGCUGUUCCAUCCCAACGUCUACCCCUCCGGCACCGUAUGCCUGUCGAUCUUGAACGAGGAGGAGGCGUGGAAGCCUGCGAUCACGGUGAAGCAGAUCCUGCUCGGCAUUCAGAACCUGCUCGACGAUCCCAACCCCGAGUCGCCCGCUCAGGCUGAGGCCUACAGUCUCUUCAAGAAGGACAAGACGGAAUAUGAGAAGCGUAUCAAGCGCGUUGUCAGAGAAAACCCGGCGCCUUAG